AUACUUUCUGCAUUUAACUCGGGUGACAUUUUUAUUUCAUCAUUAGCAUCUGGCGCCAGACGGACACGGUGAGCAUCAUUUUCACCAAGGAACUCUCAGAAGAUGAUCAGCAAGAUUAAUAUUGUUUAUCUCGCCCCGCGUUAUUGUCUUUCGUUUUAACGUCAGUGCUGACCGUAAACAACCGCGUUUAAGUUCCCACUGCUGGGAGAGUUUACCAAGGACUUUUAAACUGUUUAAAGAUUUUCCUUUUCGACGCGUUUUUAACGAUUUUUAAAUUAUAGUAUAAUCCCGAUUUUCAAGCCAACAUGCCCGAAACAACACAGGAUACAUGUGCUUCAGCGAAAGACUCUCCAUUUUUCAUUAAAAAUCUUCUCAAUUCUGACAGUAAGCCGUCAAAGCCCAAGCCUAUUUUGGCACCCACUAAAGCAGGACUUGAUGGCAGCUUCUCGCUUUCUCAGGUUGGGGAAAUAAACUUUCCUCGCUUUGAGUUACCCACCCAGCGCUUUGCGUUACCGGCUUACCUUGAGCGUGCCUCGGCGUGGUGGUACCCGUACACACUCAGUGCAUCCGCGCACCUCCACAGAACAGAAGCAGCACAGAAAGCGAGGGAUUCUUCACCGACCGCAGGCACCGACCGAGAUUCUCCCGAGCUUGUGCUUAAAUCAGACCCAGACGCCAAGGACGAUGAAGACGACAACAAAAGUGGCGACGAGAUUGUCCUCGAGGAGAGCGACACAGAAGACGGUAAAAAAGAAGGCGGCAUGGACGACUGGAAAAAGAGUGAUGACGGCGCUGACAAGAAACCUUGCCGGAAAAAGAAAACUCGCACGGUGUUCUCGCGGAGUCAGGUGUUCCAGCUGGAGUCCACCUUCGACAUGAAACGCUACCUCAGCAGCUCGGAACGCGCGGGCCUUGCUGCCUCCCUUCACCUCACAGAGACCCAGGUGAAAAUCUGGUUUCAGAACCGCAGAAACAAAUGGAAACGUCAGCUGGCCGCAGAGCUGGAGGCCGCCAACUUGAGCCACGCAGCAGCGCAAAGGAUUGUGAGAGUGCCCAUCCUGUAUCACGAGAACUCGGCCUCUGAGAGCACCAACACAGCGGGCAACGUGCCCGUAAGCCAGCCGCUGCUCACUUUCCCUCAUCCGGUUUACUACUCGCACCCCAUCGUCACCUCCGUGCCCCUCCUCAGACCGGUUUGAGAGGACGACAGAUGUCUUUUUCUAUGUAACUAUGUAACUAAAUUUUACAGAGACUCGAUAGAGGGAAAGAGACAAAAUGGGAAAAUGAAACCAAGAGACAAAGCUAUUUUUGUUUAGAAAAUACAAAAAAAAAAAAAAGAAAAGAAAAAAAAUGUACAAAGACGCACUAUCAUGCAUUUGAGCCCGACGUUUUUUUGUUUUGUUUUACAACUCAUAAAAAUACCCAUUAAACUACACAUGAAUAAGGCUGUUUAGAGGCCUGUAUUUCUAAUGUUGAUGUUGGUUGGUGGUAAAUUUCUGACUUUGUUAAUUCACUUUGUCAUUAUUAUUAUUAUUAUUAUUAUUAUUAUUAUUAUUAUUAUUAUUAUUUAUACCUGCUACGGUUUAUCUGUUUAUAUAACAAAUCAACUUGUUCAACUUGUUGACAAAGUCUUUAUACACACGGUUAAGUUUCUUUACAGCACCGAAAACACAUACACACACACAGCCCUGAACACGGAUGUGCAAUACUACUGUGUAUGAUCUGUAUAUUUAGACAACAUUUCUAUUCUUAUUUUAGACACAUUUUCUUACCAAACAUUUCUUAGGUUAAGAAGUUAACCGUAAAAACGAUUUGACUGCUUGGUCCCGCGUUCAAUGGACAAUCAUAUAUCUGACAGAUAUGACAGUUAAACUGAAGACACAAACACGAAGAAUAAAUACUUUUACUUUUAUCUAUAUUAUUUACAGAUGUAUAUGUACAUGUACAGAUAUAACGAACCAAAAGGAAAGGUGUCAUUUGUACAGUAAUAGAUACGUUCUUUUUUACAUUGUAUUGCUAAAUUCUGUUGUGAAAUAAAC